AUGGAAGAUGGUGAACAAGUCAAAAUGAAGUCCUUCAGAGAAGCUCAUAGUCAGACAGAAAAACGGAGGAGAGAUAAGAUGAAUAACUUAAUUGAAGAACUAUCUGCCAUGAUCCCUCAAUGCAAUCCUGUGGCCCGUAAACUGGACAAAUUGACUGUAUUGAGAAUGGCUGUACAGCAUUUGAAGUCCUUAAAAGGUUCAACCAGUUCUUAUGCAGGAGAUAAUUACAAACCUACAUUUAUACACGAUGAUGAGCUGAGACAUUUAAUCCUUAAGGUUGCAGAUGGGUUCCUAUUUGUUGUUGGAUGUGAUCGAGGAAAAAUUCUCUUUGUCUCAAAAUCAGUCUCCAAAACACUUAAUUAUGAUCAGGCAACUUUGACCGGACAAAGUUUAUUUGACUACUUACAUCCAAAAGAUGUUGCCAAAGUAAAGGAACAGCUUUCUUCUUCUGAUAUUUCACCAAGAGAGAAGCUGAUAGAUGCUAAAACUGGCUUUCAAGUCCAAGCAAGUUUCCCUCCUGGAACAACUCAUCUAUAUUCUGGUGCAAGACGGUCCUUUUUUUGUCGGAUAAAAUCUUGUAGACCAUCAAUCAAAGAAGAACAAGAAUGCUUAUCCAACUCAAACAAGAAAGAUCACAGGAAGUUCUGUACUGUUCACUGCAUGGGUUAUUUGAGAAGUUGGCCUUUGAGUGUGGUAGGCCUGGAAGAAGAGAACGACAACCAGAAAGACAGCAGUAACUUUAACUGCCUUGUGGCCAUUGGAAGAUUACAUCCUUAUAUUGUCCCACAGAACAGUGGGGAAAUCAAAGUCAAACCUACAGAAUUUAUUACCCGCUUUGCCACAAAUGGAAAGUUUGUCUAUGUGGAUCAACGGGCAACGGCAAUCUUAGGCUAUCUUCCACAAGAACUUUUGGGAACUUCUUGUUAUGAAUACUUCCAUCAAGAUGAUCACAGUAAUCUAACCAACAAACACAAAGCAGUCUUGCAGAGUAAGGAGAAAAUCUUUACUGAUUCUUACAAAUUCAAAGCAAAAGAUGGCUCAUUUAUAACUUUAAAAAGCCAGUGGUUUAGUUUCAUAAACCCUUGGACCAAAGAACUGGAAUACAUUGUAUCCAUCAACACAUUAGUUCUGGGAUGUAGAGAGUCCAGAGAAACAGCAUUGCUUACUUGCAGCUCACAGUCAUCAGAAGAUGCUUCCAGACAGUCUUUUAUUAGUGUGCCUGGAAUAUCUACAGGAACAGUCCUUGGUGCUGGUAGUAUAGGAACAGAGAUUGAAAAUGAAGUCCUCGACUUGCAGAGGUUACAUUCUUCUCCAUCUCUUACUGAUUCAAGUCCAACAAAUGCCAGAGAAUCUCCAGCAGUUAACUGCAGUAAUGUGCCAAACAAAGAACUGAUUCAGUUAUGUUCUUCUGAAAUAGGAAACCAUGAGCCUUCGGGGCAAAGCCUUGGCAUUAUUUCUUUCUCCAGCAAUGAACCACUUCUCAGUGACAACCCUCAGCUGGAUUUUGAUGCAAUGUGUGAAAAUGAUGACACUGCCAUGGCUGCCUUCAUGAAUUAUUUAGAAGCAGAAGGAGGUCUGGGGGACCCAGCUGACUUUAGUGACAUCCAGUGGACACUCUAG